AUGAUCAAGAUCUGGAGUAUGAAGAAGGAAGAAGAGUCGGCAAAGAAGAAGAAGCCGAAGACCUCCCCAGCUCAGUUGCGUGUUCAGAAAGACUUGACCGAGCUCGAGCUACCAAAGACAAUGAAGACCAACUUCCCAGAUCCAGCAGACGUUCUCAACUUUACUCUGACGAUCGAGCCUGAUGAGGGCAUGUACAAGACCGGCUCGUUCAAGUUCACCUUUGCAAUCAACAACAACUAUCCACAUGACCCACCCAAGGUCAAGUGCACACAAAAGAUCUACCACCCGAACGUGGAUCUCGAAGGAAACGUCUGUCUCAACAUCCUGCGAGAAGACUGGAAGCCAGUGCUGAACCUCAAUUCGGUCAUGGUUGGUUUGCAAUAUCUAUUCUUGGAGCCUAACGCUGAUGAUCCAUUGAAUAAGGAGGCAGCCGAAGACCUGCGAAAAGAUCGUUCCGUAUUUGCAAGCAACGUGCGGAGGAGUCUAGCUGGCGGCGCUAUCAAGGGCACAACGUACGACAAAGUCAUUGCCAAAUAA